AUGGGUCUGAGUGGAGUGAAGACAUGUGACAGCAGAAGCAUGUGGUCACUAAUUGCUGGUCAUCUACCAGGGCGAACAGACAACGAAAUAAAAAAUUAUUGGAACUCUCAUCUCCGCCGUAAACUCCACAACUUCAUCAUCAGAAAGCCGUCGAUCUCUCACGAUGCCCCCGCCGUAAUCAUGAACGUUCCACCGGCGUCACCGCGUCCACCAUCAAAACGCAGACCAGGGAGAACCAGCAGAUCCGCCAUGAAACCCAAAACUCGAAAGACGAAGAGAACGUCUGCACCGCCGGAGCCAGAAGCCGACGUAGCGGUUAAAGAGGUGGCGGGAGAAGAAGCAAUAAUGAUGGAGUUAAAUGGAGCAGAGGCUGAGCUAGGACCAUGUGACUACUAUGGAGCCUAUCAUGAAGGAGGAGAUUGUUGCAAUAAUAAUAAUAAUCUCAUGGGCACUAACGGCGACAAUUUAGUUUUGUCGUUCGAUGAUAACAUCAUGGAUCUUUUGUUGGACGAGGCAGAUGCAUGCAACGUGCUCACUUCAUGUGGUGGUGAUGCAGAGUUGAGUCAUUUAGGGGACUCUGAAGUAGCCAGAGGGCUCUCGGAGACUUCAAUUAACCAAGGGAAUCUCGACUGUCUUCAGCCUUGUCCAUCGGUGCAGUCGUUAAUCAACUACGAGCUUCCAGCUACCGAUGCGUCGAUGGACGAGUGUAUAGAUUGGCAUGAAGGUAAUAGGAAUAGCCUUUGCGGUGAGAAAGAGGGUUCUGAUUCAAUUGUGUCGUGGCUUUUGGACGGUGAUGAUGAUGCCACAGUAGGGAAAACUAACUGCGAAAAUUUUGGAGAACCGUUGGAUCAUGACGAGGAAAAUGCAUUGGUCGCUUGGCUUGUGUCUUGAAGAUACACUAAAAAUCUGUUAAGUUUGAGUAUUUUGUAGUAGUAAAUAUGUGUUUGUAAUAAAAGGCGGGAGUCCUUGUAAGGUUAAAAUAACUUAUCAUCAUCGUUAUAGGAAAAAAUGGAGCUGAUUAUAUUUUGGGCUUAUCGGUGAGAUAGCCAAUUUU